AUGUGCCGGACGUGUUUCUCAACAUUUUAUUGUUCAUUUAGGCAGCCAACCGACGUUACGAAACAUACAGUUGCGUCGCUGAGGGUGGCUCCGGUAGGAGAUGGUCAUCAUGGAAGAGAUUUUUAUAAAUUCUUUUUCACUACACACCCUGAGCACCGCCAUUUCUAUAAGGGAGCUGAAAACUUCAGCGGCGAUGAUGUGAUGGCAAGCGAGAGAUUCGACAAACUGGGGGAUGCUAUACUACUAUUUGUUCACGUUCUGGCCAACACAUACGAAAACGAAUCUGUUUUCCGCAACUUUGUCCGCAGAGUUAUGAUCGAGCACUUUACAAGAAACAUUGAUCCUCCACUUUGGAAGAGUUUUUGGGAGUACUGGACAGGUUUCUUGGACAGCAAGGGUGCAGAUCUUUCUGAGGACCAGAAAAAAGCAUGGGAUGCGUUGGGCACAAGGUUUAACGAAGAAGCUCAAUCAUACCUGGCUAAAGUCGGGCGCCCACAUGCAUGAGCUACUUUCUCCUUAGUAACUCGAUAGAAGCAAUAUUGUGCUUCUUUUAGAUAAAUAUUACCACAUGUU